UUCUUUAAAAGUGUGGCGCUGUAAGAAGCUGUAUAACGAGAUGUAGAUGAAUAAUGAGUAUUAGUCUUAAGUAAUAUUUUCUCCUGUAAAUUUGUGAGCUAUCAGUGAUGGAGAUGGACAUGGACUUUCUCACAGAAGACCUAUAUACUGAUUCCAGUACAGAUGAAGUCAGCAGAGAGCAGCAUCUCCAGGGUUUACCUGCAUGUAUGGAGGUUAACUCCAUGAUGGAGCUCUAUAACUCCAGCAGUGGAGGAGAAACGUCAGACUCAAAGCAGAACUUCGCACCACAGACACAAACAUUGGAACAGGGAACUGAAGACCUGCAGCAGGAUUCUUGCCAAGCAGUGGAUGAUGUCCUGCAAAGAAUCUUAGCGAGACACAAGACCAUCAUGAAGAACAAGUAUGAAAGUUAA